CAUGCAUCUUGCAUCAACUGUCAUUACAUUGGUUGCGUUAGCCUCUUGGGCUGUUGCUCAAGUACUACCUCCGGGUGCUAAUUCAAACCUACUUGACCCACUGGCAUAUGCCGCUUUGAUUACUUGGCAACCCUGUCCAAAUGUUAAUAAUAGUGCACUGGCUCAAAAGCAGUGCAGUUAUCCUGCUACUCCCACUUCUGGUCAAGUGCAAUGGACUUGUGAGGCUGGUUUCUAUUGCAUGGGUCCUUCACGCAAAGACCAAUGCUCUCCUGGAUUUUACUGCCCUGAAAAUGCUGCUCAGCCCUUGUACUGUCCAAAGUCUUUCACUUGUUCGCUCGACUCGAAAACUAUUGCCAUCUGCCCUAAAAACUCUUUCUGCCCUGUUGGCACCGUUAAACCUUAUAGCUGUGGAUACCUGGCAUACUGUCCUCCUGGCUCCAGCAGUGGCGACAAGUUUGGUGUUGUAAUCAUCUUUGCUGUCGUUGCUCUCAUUGUUUACUUUAUCUUUGUGUGGAAAGCUCGCUCUGACAAGGAACGCGAUCUCAAGCGUAAUGCUGAACAAAACAAGGCUGAUCUCGAGGUCUUGCAAGCCGAUCAGCCGCAGCUGGCUCGUCUUGAACAGUGCUUUGAUAUCGAGUUUGAAAACCUUGGUCUUAAGCUUCCCAACGGUGUGGAGAUUAUGGCUAAUGUAUCUGGUGCUCUCCGUUCUGGCCGCACUUGUGCUAUCAUGGGCCCAUCUGGUGCUGGAAAAACUACUUUUGUUACGUUGCUGACAGGAAAAGUCAAGCGUACUUCUGGUCAUGUUACCAUUAAUGGUGCUGCCGAGGAACUCUCCAAGUACAAAAAACUCAUUGGUUAUGUUCCUCAGGAAGAUAUUAUGAUGCGUGAUUUAACUGUCCGUGAUAUUCUAAUGCAUUCUGCCCGUAUGCGAUUGCCUGCCAGCUGGGACUAUCCCAAAAUCAAAGACAAGGUGCUUGAUAUUAUUGCUUUCUUGGGCAUGUCUCACGUUGCAGGAUCCAUUAUUGGUGAUGAGGAAACUCGCGGUAUUUCUGGUGGUCAGCGUAAGCGUGUCAAUAUUGGCAUGGAGCUUGUUGCUGAACCAUCGGUGCUUUUCCUUGACGAACCCACAUCUGGUCUUGAUUCCUCUACUUCGUUUGAAGUGUGUUCUAAUCUCAAAAAUAUUGCUCGUCUUCAAGGUCUUACCGUUGCUGCUGUUAUUCACUCGCCUUCUCCUGCGACGUUUCGUCAGUUUGACGACUUUAUGCUUCUUGGUAAAGGUGGCUGUUUGAUUUACAUGGGCCCUCGCGAUGAGUGUGUCAAAUACUUUCAAUCUAUUGGAUUUUCGUGCCCACCCGACGAGUCUCCUGCAGACUUUUUCAUGGAUGUUGCUACUGGUAAAGUUCCUUCUGAAUUUGACCCUGGCUUCCAACCCCGUCACUUGUUUGACUACUGGGUUUCGACUCGCAAGGGCCAGAAUCCAUUCUCCAACACUCGUCGGAUGAAUUUACAGCAAGCCACUGAUGCUCAAAAGAAAUUCAAGAGCGGUGAUCUCUCAGAAGUCAAGGAUGGAAAACCCUCUACUUACAUUGAAGCUCCAAAAGUCAAAGACUACUAUGGAUGGACCGAGUAUAUUGCUGCUGGAAUUGGCUCUCUGGCUCGUGAUUGGGGAGUUUGGAUCUACGACAUUUUAGCUGAAUUUGGCGAGUUCCUUAUUUCAUUUAUUAAUGCUAUUCUUUGCCGCACCGAUCCCAUCCGCCAAACCUGUCCUUACUACAUGCAGAUUUGGCUUUUGAUGAAACGUGCCUUUUUCCAGGUGUGGAAAAAUCCGCAACCCAUUAUUGUUGAUAUGUUGCUUCAUUUUUCAUCGGGUCUGUUUAUUUCAAUUGCAGUUCAAAACUUCAAAUUUAUCGGUGCUAUGCCUGGCUCAAUCUGUGCGACUGCUCCUGUCAAUCUCCAGUGGCAAUGCUCUCGUCCCGAAGAUCAUCUUCGUGAAGCAGGCAUGUUUAUCGGUCUCGGCUCACUGUUUGCAGGCAUUUCUGUAGGUGCCAACACAUUUGGCAGAGAAAAAGUAGUUUACUGGCGUGACACUGCUUCUGGCAUGAACACCAUUCCCUAUUAUAUGGCCAAAUUCAUUAUUGAUUUUCCCCGUGUUAUUCUUGGCGGCUCCAUGUUCUUUUUGGCUGCCGUUCUAUUUUUCCCAUACAGCCAAUCUGCCUCUCAUUUGUAUGCGAUUGUCAUAUGUCUCUACUUUAAUGCCUUUGCCAUGGGUUACUGGAUCUCCACUGCCUUUCCACUUGCCAAGUCUGGUCUUAUCGCUACUGGAUUCGCUCUUUUGUGGGCUCUUGUUCUUUCCGGCGUGCUUCCUAGUUUGGAUGAUGUAUCAGGUUAUCCUUCCUUUUUCCAAAACUUUUGGAAAAUCUCUGCUCCUCGAUGGGCCGUGGAAUCGUUUUGGCUUUCUGAAUUGCAGUCUCUUGAUUGGGCCGAAAAGAACAAAGCUCCCACCAACACGUAUGAGUGGGCCAAUAAUGCCAAUGAUCUCUCUUACAUGCUGAUUAUUGCUGUCGGAUGGAAUUUGUUUGCCUUCCUUGGUCUAAAGUUGUUCAAUCGUACCAAGCAAAAGUAAUAUCUUUGCAUUGUAGUCCUGUGUUCAUGUGCUAAUUUAGCAUGAUUUUUUCCUGAUAGAUUGGUAUUUCUAUUUUCAUUUGAUUCUCUUUCGAACUAUUGAUAUCUAACAAAUUCAAAUGUAAUUUGUCUUGUAAAUUGGCUUAGCCCCAAUUUUCAACAUACUAAUAAAAGCUUGAUAAACUUGAGCAUUUCAAAAAUAAACGUCGAGUACAAGAU